AUGGAAUCGAACACGACUCAAAAAUUGAGCUACAUGCCGGUGGGAAAUGCUCAGCCAAGUGAAAGCUACAAACCACGAGGCUUCUAUGCAUUACCAAUGGCCAAAAUGGAUGGCAACACUACAUAUUCUCUCAGCUUUAUGAAGAAUGAAGGGACCAGUCGUCAAGAGUCAUACGCCCCUUGUAAAUCCUACAUAGAUCCGACGACUAAAUUUUCUCAAGAUACCACCUACAAACUCAGCUAUAUGCCAUGUCCAAUCGACCGGGUUCAAUCGUAUGCUCCAAUAUACACUGUCUCUUGCCCUGAAAUUCCUAUGAGUGAUCAGACAACAAAUCGGCUGUCCUACAUGCCCCAUUGUGAUGCAAAACCGGCCGCAAUUGUGUUGCCCUGCCGAAGAAAAUGGAACGAAGGGCCAAUGCAAGCAGUGACCACCCAAAAACACGACUACGUCCCUAAACCUUUGGUCAAAACUUGUUCUUAUAAACCUAUUGCCAUUGCUUGUCAAAUGGAGGCAUCGAUGGAAGAUCAAACUACGAGUAGAUUAUCCUACAUGCAACCGCCAAAAGUAGAUCGAGUAUGUUCCUACAAACCAUACACAACGUAUGUGGAACCAACCACUCGUAUGGACCAAAACACAACUCAAAAAUUGAGCUACAUGCCUUGGGGUUCGCAUCGUCCUGCCCAGAGUUAUCGCCCCCAAAUGUACUAUGCCCCACCGAGCGUUCCCGUGUCCAACGACACAACCGCAAGGCUUUCCUACAUGCCACCUGGGCAAUGCAUCGAGGAGCCAGUCGGAGAUGCGAUGGCUGCGCCGGUUAGCUGUGCAGAAAUCGCUUGCAUGAAAGCUCCAAGGGCUGAGAUCAAAUGCUGA